CGUUUUACGCUCGUCCCCCCCCGUCCCCGUCCCCUUCCCCUUGGUCGUUUUGCGCGGCGAAAGGGGCAGGGGUGGAGCGGAAGGCGGGAGGGCAUCGUGGUGGCGCCGCGGAGGCCGCCGCUGGCGCUGCGGUGGGAGCGAGCCGCGCUCCCCGCUUUCCUCCCCGUGCGGCGCGGCUCUUAGGCCCGGGAGGACGGACUCCCCCCUCGCCCUCUCCCCCCCUCUCCGCCCUGGGCGGCGGCGGAGGCGGCGGCGGGGAGGAGGAGCAGGUCGGGUGCGGAGGGAACAGUAGUACAAAAUGUCAAAAAUUAGAAGGAAGGUCACAGUGGAAAAUACCAAGACCAUAUCUGAUAGCACAUCCAGAAGACCCAGUGUUUUUGAGAGACUUGGACCCAGCACUGGAAGUACUGCAGAGACUCAGUGCCGUAACUGGCUGAAGACUGGCAACUGCCUCUAUGGGAACACAUGUAGAUUCGUACAUGGCCCUUCACCACGAGGUAAAGGCUUUAGCAGCAGUUACAGAAGGUCACCAGAAAGGCCUACAGGGGAUCUUCGGGAGAGAAUGAAGAAUAAGCGUCAAGAUAUUGAAACAGAACCACAGAAACAUAAUACAGAAGAGCAAUCUUCUCCAGUUCGGAAAGAGUCCUCCAGAGGGAGGCACAGAGGGAAGGAAGAUAUUAAAAUUACCAAGGAGCGGACUCCAGAAAGUGAAGAAGAAAACCCUGAUUGGGAAACAAACAGGGACGAUUCUGAUAACGGUGAUGUUAAUUAUGAUUAUGAUCAUGAACUUUCUUUGGAAAUGAAGCGCCAGAAGAUCCAGAGAGAGUUAAUGAAACUUGAAGAAGAAAACAUGGAGAAAAGAGAAGAAAUAGUAAUUAAAAAGGAGAUUUCUCCAGAGGUGGUUGGAUCGAAAUUAUCAUCCUCGCCUUCACCAGGGAAAUCCAGUAAAUCUCCAAAACUGAGAUCAAGCCCCAAAUCUUCCUCUUCAACCAGUAAGAGGGAAAAGAAGACUUCUGCAGUUUCUUCACCCCUCUUGGACCAACAGAGGAGCUCAAAAAGCAACCACAGUAAAAAGAAAGGUCCUCGCACACCUAGUCCACCCCCACCUGUGCAAGAAGAGGCUGCACAAGGGAAAAAACAUAAAGAAAAACAUAAAGUUAAAGAACGAUUAGAAGAGAAGCCAAGAGAGGUCAAGGAGAGAGGCCGUGACUUUGAAAGACAUAAUAAGGAGAAAAAGGAGAAACAGAGAGAUCCCUCAGAAGGUUCCCACAGGCAGAGACGUUCACCUAGUCCAGAAGAACAUUCUGGUAGCAAUUCUUCUCCUUCAAGAGAAUAUUCUCCUAGCACAAGGAGGCGGCAGACAUCUUGGGCUCCAACAAAGUCCAGCAGCCAUAAACAUUCUUUUUCACCUUCUUGCAGGUCUGCUUCACCACCAACUCAGCAUCAUUCUCCUGUUUCUUCAAGACAUCACUCUUCUUCCUCUCAGUCGGGAUCUUCUAUUCAGAGACGCUCUCCAUCACCACGUCACAAACGAACUCCUUCUCCCUCUUACAAAAGGACUGCUUCCCCACCUGUAGGCCGUUCCUCUUCUCCUUAUGCUCACAGAGCUUCACCUUCUCCCCAGCAAAAGCAGACCCCUUCACGACAUCGUUCACCCGUCAGAGAGAGAAGCCGGCAUGAUCGAGAGCGGAUUUCACAGUCACAUGAUCGACGCCAAGAAAGGAGGGAAGAAACUAGAGGAAAAAGAGGGAGAGACAGAGAUAGAGAGGAUCGUGACUAUGACCAAGAACAGAGCACCCCCAGAGAUCACAGAGAUGAUCGAGAUUCUCGGGAUGGACGGGAUCGAAGAGAAACCAGAGAUAACAGAGAGCGCCGGGAUAUAAGAGAAUCUCGGGACGCUCGGGACUCGCGGGACUCACGGGAUACAAGGGGCUGUAGCAGAGAUAAUAAAGACAGUCGUGAUCAGAGGGACCUGCGUUCUACGCGAGACACACAUGACUACAGAGACAGAGAGUGUCGUGACACCCAUAAAAAGGAAGAGCAAUAUUUGGAGGAAACACGCAGCUAUGGGCGGACCCAUGGCAGAGAAGAGAGUUCUCGUGCUGAAGCAAGGACAGACUCUAGAAGUGAAGCCAGGAACGAGUCCAGAACUUCAGGAAGAAGUAGAGGCAGAGGUCCUGAAUUAUCAGACAAGGGUAGUAGAGGAACGAGGGGUUCUCAGGUUGACAGCCACUCUAGUAAUAGCUACCAUGACAGCUGGGAAUCACGGAGCAAUUAUCCCGACAGGGAUCGCUAUGAAAACCGAGAACAUGCACGGGAUUCUUCAUUUGAGAGAAGACAUGGAGAAAGAGACAAGCGUGACAACCGGGAGAGGGAUCAGCGAGCAAGCUCACCAGUACGGCACCAAGGAAGAAGUGAUGACCUUGACCGAGAUGAAAGACUAGAAGAACGUAGGGUGGACAGGGGUGAAGACAGACGAGAUGAAAGACCCAGGGAGCGGGAGAGAGAGCGGGAAAGAGAGAGAGAAGCUGAACGUGAUCGUGCCCGUGAACGAGAACGUGAGAGAGAGAGGGACAAGGAUAGAGACCGCGAGCGGGACAGAGACCAUGACAGAGAGAGGGAGCGAGAACGGGAAAGAGAGAGGGAGCGAGAACGGGAAAGAGAGAGGGAACGAGAACGGGAGAGGGAACGUGAGCGAGAGCGGGGGCGGGAAAGGGAUAAGGAAAGGGAGCGCCAGAGAGAGUGGGAUGACAAAGAGAGAGGAAGAGAAGAACGCAGAGAUAAAAGAGAUGAUGUCCGUGAAGAAAGAACUGCAAGAGAUAGCCGUGAAGAGAGAAAGUCAAAAAAACGUCACCGAAAUGAAAGUAGCCCCAGCCCUCGUAAGUCACCAAAACGUCGUCGUGAGCAUUCACCUGAUAGCGAUCCUUACAACAGUGGAGAUGAUCAAAACGAAAAACGCAGAUUAUUGAGUCAGGUUGUCCGACCUCAGGAAUCACGCUCACUUAGUCCUACACACCUUUCAGAAGACAAGCAGAGCCGAUGGAAAGAAAGUGAACGAAAGUCAGAGAGAAAGGACAGCUCCAGACAUUAUGAGGAAAGUGACUUUAAAGAGCGAGUUUCUUCUGGGGACAAACAGCGAGAGCAGCGAGAGAUCAAUGAAAGUUCAAGGAGCAGGGUCCAAGAGACUGUAAGUAAUCGAACCUCUGAAGAACGAGAGGCAGUUGAGCACAUCCAUGAAGAUAAGAAAAAAAUCAAAGUACAGAAAAAGGCUACAAAGAAAAAGAAAGAGGAAGACAUUGGGUUAGAGCGGUAUGUCAGUGAACCAGUCCUAGAUAAGAUCUCAGUCUUUUCACCAAAGAAAGUUCAGAAAAAGAAAAACACUGAUAAGAAGCGCAAGAGAUCUAAAGGAGAUUCUGAGGUUUCUGAUGAGGACAGUGGGCCACACCAGAAAAAGAAAAAAGGCCCAAGAACGCCACCUGUAACCACAAGAGAGGAACUGGUGGAAGCAGUGCCUGAGAAACCAGUGUUAGUAGAAAUUGUCUCAAAAAGAGAGGAGACAACAUUUAGCGAUUGGUCAGAUGAAGACGUUCCAGAGCGUGGAGAAACCAUUCUGGAAAGGAGUUCUGAGGAGCCCCAUAGAAAUAGUCACCGCACAAGGGUGGAAACUGUGGGAACCGUUCAUGUUGUUGAAGAUCCUCCUCCAGUCAAAUCUGUUGAGCAGAAGCGCAGCAGCAGCCUUUGCAGCAAUCGAAGCCAUGCCUCAAGCAGGCUCAGGUCACCCUCCAAUGAUUCUGCACACCGGAGUGGAGACGACCAGACCGGCCUGAAAAAGAUCCUACAUAGCAGCUCCAGUGACAGAGAGAGAAGGGGUCUAGAAAUCACCGGAGAACGGAAAUCAAGAAUUGACCAGUUAAAACGAGGGGUUCCCAGCCGCAGCACAUCUUCAGAUCGACAAGAUUCUAGAAGCCACAGUUCAAGGCGAAGUUCUCCUGAAUCAGAUCGACAAGGCCAUUCCAGAUCUGGGUCCUUUGACAGCAGGGAAAGAGGACAAGAGAGAGACAGACAUGAGCAUGAUCGCGACCGGGACCGGGACCGGGAAAGGCGAGAUGGGAGACAGAGAGAUUGGGACCGAGAUACUGCUAAAGACUGGUUGAGAAGCAGAGACCGGGAUAGAAUUCGGGAACGAGACAGACAGAGGGAAAAACGAAGAGAUGUGGACCGUGAAAAAGAGAGGCCACCUGCUGAGAAUGCUGAAAGAGACAGAGGCCUUAGUACUUCCUCUCAGACAGAGUUAUCCAAGCACAGUGAAUCAAAGCCAGGCAAAGAGCAUCAAGAGUUUGAUGCGAUCUGCCUGGAUUCUACUACCCUAGAAAAGGAAAGGCUGGAUAAAGAUGUAGGAUCUUUCCAAGGUUUUGAAGAUGGAAUUGAAGCUGAGAAAGUGGAAAAUUUAGAAGGUGGAGAUGAUGAAGCCAAAAUAGAUGAUAUGCAAUCAAUGGGAUCUGGUGCUGGAGAAUAUGAGCCAAUCAGUGAUGAUGAGCUUGAUGAAAUUUUGGCAGGUGAUGCCGAAAAGAGGGAAGAUCAGCAGGAUGAGGAAAAAAUGCCAGAUCCCGUGGACGUAAUUGAUGUGGACUGGUCAAGUCUGAUGCCAAAACAGCCAAAAGAGCCACGUGAGCCUGGGGCUGCUCUUCUAAAAUUUACUCCAGCUGCUGUUAUGUUGAGAGUUGGCAUUUCUAAGCAACUAGCUGGCCCUCCCCUCUUAACCAAAAUUAAGGAAACAUGCCAGAGAACCUUGGAGAAACCGAAAGAUGCAGAAAGUCUAUUUGAACAUGAGUUUGGGGCCCUGAACAUGGCUGCCCUCUUGCGAAAGGAAGAACGAGCUGGCCUGCUGUGUAAUCUUGGUCCUUGUUGUAAGGCCCUGUGCUUUAGAAGAGAUUCUGCAAUUCGUAAGCAGCUUGUGAGAAAUGAAAAGGGUACAACAAAACAAACCUACACAAACCCUCCAGUAGUGGACAAUGAGUUGCUGCGGUUGAGUCUACGAUUGUUUAAACGCAAGACAAUGCGUCAAGGUUCUGGACAAGACAAGACAGAGGACACUAAACUUUCACAACCAUAUAUUCCAGAAAUGUGCAUAUCCUGAGCCAGCAUCUCCCAGGCCACAUCUUUUGGUCUUUUCCCUCUCUGAAAACAUUGAUGUUUCUGUCUGUGUUCCCUUUUUGUAUGAUGCUGCUGGAAGAUGAAAAUACUCUUUACAGCUUGGACAGUUUGGACAAAAGGAUAAGUAGGAACAAACAAGCGCACUAGCAGACACUGCCUGAUCACUCCAUGUGGCCCCGCCUGCCAGUGGGGAACCUCCAUAUCUGGUUUGUUUAGUGUUUAUAUCUAAACUGGGAGCCAUGGCAUGUUAGUCACCUAGUAAGCUGGAGUUACAAGCCAGUGUUUGUUCUUUGCAUAUGAUUCUGAUGUGAUGGAGAACAGCAUCUCAGUUUGGACUUAAUGCUACACGAACUACAGAGAUGUUCUGUUUUGUUUAGCUGCUCCCUCUGUGGGAGGAGCUGGGUAGGAAUGCAUGCACCAGCAUGCUUGCUAGUUCAUGGUAAGCCAGAAUUUAGACAUACAAUGUCUAAAGGAAGCCAUUGGGCACAUUAUGUGACAGGACUAUACGGAAAGUGUUUAGUGUAAAAAAUUUUUUUUGAAAGGCCAUUCUGUCUAGUUCACUGAAUGUUUUAUAACACUGAAUUCUAACCAUAGAUCUUAUUUAAUGGCUCACUUAUAUGUAAAAGUGUGAAAAUGUCCAUUUUUGGAGACCUGUUUUAUCACUUGCCAUUAAAUUUUUAAGAAAACAAUUCUGAAUUUUUUCAACUCUUUAAACUUGUGCAUAAGGAUUCUUCUGUAAAAUAUGCUUGUCAGUAGAAUUUUACAUUUAGUGCUAAGCUGUCCCUCAUAGUCUGUACCUCAUCCAAAAAUAUUUACAUGAAAAAUACAGUGUUGAAUAACAGUA